AGUCUGAAGAGUUCCAACGCACACACGCUCGUAUCGACAAUUUUAGUUCUUCAUUGGCACUGGUGACUGACUGGCCUCGAGCCGGCGUGUUUUUGUGUGAACGCUGCUAGUAGGUCGCGCUUUCAACUUUUUUUUCUGCGUUUUCUUCUAUCAUAUAUUUAUAUAUUUGUCGUGGUUGUGCUUUUUUGGAUAUCCACAGCACGGAAAUGCAUAGACACAGGGAAAAAUUACUGUUGGAUAUUUUUUGAAAUGCAAGAUGAUACUUUGUUGUUUUGUAUUACUGUUGUACGCCCGUAGAAGUUUGGAAUAUGGGUAUGACGCUGGUGGGGAUCAAGCGACUUGCGGCCGACCUUACAGAUCAGGCAAAAUGUUUCGGCCGCCAUGCGAUUUAUUGAAACAAGGAUAUUGCACUUCGGCGGGUAAAACCUACCCUUGGCAAGCAGUACGACGUUUCGUCAAAGAUAACCAAGGACUCAUGAGGCGGAUGUACGGUGAUCAGAGGCACGGGCAUGUUCUCAGAACUGAAUUUCAAGACGAACCCGAAAUUUUAACACCAAUUGAAAAUAAUUUGAGAUAUUCUAGAUAUAAUUUUGAAGGUGUAGAAAAUGAAUAUAACGAGGUAGAGAGCGAGGCCAGGUUCCUUCGAGACGAUCUAUCAAACGAUGACGUACUUAACACGAAAUUUAUAUACUCGGAAGAACCAAUCAUAUCGAUCAAAUUGGCCGGUUUGAAAACGGCGCCGCACUUUCGACAAUCGACCGAUCGUACCACGAAAAGUACUCCAACGAAAAAAACCGAAGAUUUCACAACUACGGAAAAUUAUUCGGAUAAUCCUGACGUUACUACCACCACUGAAUCAAGUUUCGAAUCUACUACGUACAUGAUGAAUGAAACUAGAGAAGAUAGUACCGUUACUACUACUACUGGUACCAACGAAGAAGUUACUGCAGGGGAAAAAUCCGACGAAAAGGAAAAGAUGGCAGAAACUAUGUUGUUUCAAGAUUUAGAUAACGAAGAUUCGAAAAAAAAAGUACAUGUCAACUAUAAUAUGAAAGGAGUGAACGCUUGUCCUGUCAGGGAAGAAGUAGUAGCUCCCUUUUGGGCGAAUAAUACUCGAGGCGAAGUUUUGGCCCUCCUAAACAUGUACCCUUUCGAACAAUACGUACACUGGGAAAAAUGUACGUACGAACAUAGACAAAUGUAUUGCAGGGACGGUUGUAGGUGUGAACAACAAUACCGAUUACACAGACUUUUAGCUUACGAUCCUAGCAAUGAGUGUCGCGGGAUUUUUUCUGAUUGGUUUAAAUUUCCAUCGUGUUGCGUUUGUAAAUGUUACGAUAUGCCAGUGGAAUUUAGAGUGACUUCUAGAAGUCCUAGAUACCAAACUGGAAACUAAAACGAACUAAAACAAUGGGAAUAGGAUAAAUAUUGGGGAAAAAAUACGAGAAAAGCAUUCAAAGUGUUGUACUGCUUCUUUUUUUUUACUUUAUCGAAACGAUUUCGGAAAUUCUAACCUAAACAAGAAUAUUUCUAAUUGUUUGAUUUUGAGAAUAUUGAUGCUACAUGGAUACCAACGUAAAUAAUUUUAUAUUCCCCUUUACACGAGCAACGAUUUUACUUAUACUUGACAAAUCUAAAGUUUGUGUAGUCAAUGUCAAAAUUGUAAACUUAACCUAAAAGUUCAUAUUAUCGAGAUGUUAUUAUCAUAUUUGUCUUAGUUUUAUCUGCAUAUUUAGAUAAAAAACUUAAGGCUAGUGUUAUUGUUAAAACUAUUGUAAAAAGUACAAUAAUAUAUGAACAAUCUAGUUUAAAAUUGUUAAUUACUCAUAUAUUAUUAUUUGUUGCAUUAUUUUUAUAUUUAUUUAAACUUUUUAAUGUAAAUACUCAAAUAAUUGUUUAUAUUAUCUAAUAAAAUUUUUAUGUUUUAUAAUAAA